AUGAGUGCCGUGGCCACUCUGUGCGUCAUCGUGGCCGGAGCGACUGCCGUGCUGUUCGCAGCGGCAGGAAAACUGUGGGCCAGCCGGCUGCGUACUGGUGUGCCCGGACCACCCACUCUCCCCAUACUGGGCAACCUGCUGUUCUUUCGGAAACUGCCUGUUGUCUACGAACACUGCAACAAGCUGCAAAGACUGUACGGAAAUGUCUACAGGUUUUAUAUAGGCCCAGUGCUCAUUGUGGUGGUGACACAGUUGGAAGACGCGCAGAAGCUACUGGCAGGCACGAAGUUGCGAGACCGGGGCUCCUACUUAAUGCGGCCCCUUUGUCCCUUUCUGGACAAUGGCCUCAUAACCAACAGCGGUGAGACGUGGAAGAGUCAACGGAAACUUAUCGAGCCUUGCUUCCAUUCUGAGGUACUGAAAGGGUUCUCGAUCGCCUACAACGAGGGAGCUCAGUACAUCUGCGACUACCUGAAGAGGGCGGGAGGCUGCCAGGUACAGCUGUACGAACCGGUCUGCCUGCUGUCGAUGCGCACACUGGCCGCGUCCGUGUUCGGACUGCCGUUCGAGGAGAUGGUGCAGGACCAGGACACGCGGGAUCAGGUCACCACUGCUUUCAUGGAAGGUUUGCGUAUUAUCCAGGACCUGUCAAUGCCGGGAACUCUCCCAGAAGCAUCUGACCGAAGUCGUUGUCCGCUGGCGGUGAGUCGAAGGAGAGGCGAGCAGAAGAAGGGGCAGUUGUUGCAUCAUUCAGGCGCCGUAGCUCCGGGAGCUUGUUCUCCAACUACUGUUCCACACGAGCGCUCAGCAUUCGGACGAAAACGGCGCCAGUGA